ACCAGAUUGGCCAUGCAUCUGCUAUCCCAACCGAAGGCACACGUUUUCUCAUCUUUUACCACGACGUCCGCUUGUCUUCACUCAGUCACCAGCUUUCGCGAAACUAUGUCUUCGGACCAAGCUCCCCGCAAUUGAUACCUUGGCGACUAAGGACAUUUCGUCCUCCGAAAUCGAACCUACUCUGACAUCCGACGACAUACCCUUUCGCUUGGGCGCAUGCCUCCUUUUCGCUUCGUACACUGACAGAUGAUCGGCGCUGGGCCUUCUGCAAUUACUCCAAGGUCGUGACCGAGGUAUUACUGCCUCGCCAUACGCAGACAUGCAGUGGCCGUGGCAUAAAAGGAAGGACUCCGACGAUGGUGAAGCUUUGUUGCCUCUGGCGGCCAAGAUGCCGAGCAUCAACGGGUUGACCAUGGAACCUCUGGAGACGGAAUCAUCGCGGUCCAGGCCAGGCCACAUUCGAACUACAUCGGCGCAGUCAAGGAGCACCGCCGACGAAUUCUCCUCAAUGAGUUCCACCGAAGCCGCCAGCCGCCUUCAAACGUCCCUAACCCACGGUCUAUCGCCGACCGAAGCCUUAACCCGACUGAGCGACUACGGUCCGAACGAGAUUCCUCACGAACCCCCGGAACCACUGUGGCUUCGUUUCAUCAAACAAUUUCAGGAGCCGCUUAUCUUGCUGUUGCUCGUGUCGGCCGGAGCAUCCUUAUUUUUGGGCAACAUGGAUGAUGCAGUCAGCAUUACGGUCGCCGUGACAAUCGUGGUCUCGGUCGGCUUCGUGCAAGAAUACCGUUCAGAGAAGUCGAUAGAGGCUCUUAGCCAUUUGGUUCCGGCCCACGCCCAUCUGGUCCGCUCGGCUAUCAGCAAGACACCCGGCAGCGCCAAAACUCCCACUUGGCCGCCACAGGGGCCCAUGGAUGGUACAGAGUCUGUUGGAUCUACUACGCCUGGGGAGGAAAUGCUGGAAGCAACCUCAUCAAAGGUCAUGGCCUCGCAACUUGUGCCAGGAGAUUUGGUUUACUUCACCACGGGCGAUCGUAUUCCGGCGGAUAUUCGGGUCACCAAGGCAGCAGAUCUCACGAUUGACGAGUCAAACCUCACAGGAGAAAACGAGCCGGUGCGAAUCACUGCAGAGACGAGAGCGCGAAGUCUCUUGUCCCCGGCUUACGGCGCAGACACGCUUCAGCUCCCGAGCCCAUCCGCCUUGUCCGACAACCGUGAUGCAGGUGGGAGUGGCGAGAACAAUAUUGCCUGGAUGGGCACGCUAGUGAGGUCCGGUCACGGCCAAGGCAUUGUCUUUGCAACGGGUGGGCAAACCAACUUCGGAACAAUUGCGACUAGUGUGUCUGGAACAGAGAGUCCUCGUUCACCACUUCAACUCUCCAUGGACGAUCUAGGCUCUCAGCUCAGCAAAGCUUCAUUCGUGGUCAUUGGCCUCAUUUCUCUGGUCGGCUGGCUUCAGGGAAAGAAGUUGUUGGAAAUCUUCACUAUUUCGAUUUCGCUUGCUGUUGCAGCUAUUCCGGAAGGUUUGCCUAUCAUCGUGACUGUCACCCUGGCCCUUGGUGUUCAUAGGAUGGCUCGCCAUAACGCUAUCGUGCGCAGAAUGCCCAAGGUAGAGACUUUGGGUUCAGUCAAUGUCGUUUGUACCGACAAGACAGGUACUCUUACUAUGAACCACAUGACAACCGCCAAAAUGUGGUAUUUUGGUGCUAACGACGCCAUUGAUGUUGAGUCCGAUGAUGAGGCAACGGAAACAAAGCCUGAUCCUGCAACUUUACGUAUUCUACGGAUUGGUAACAUUGCGAACAAUGGCCGCUUGGCGCAGCAAUACACUGAAAACGGUGCUGCUGCGAGAGCUGUGCUAUCGUCAACUCAAGGGGCAGACUUCACUUCAACUUACACUCGCUGGUGUGGCCAACCUACGGAUGUUGCUAUGCUCGACUUGCUUGACAGAUUCAAGGAGCAUGACGUUCGCGAGUCUAUCGGGCCGCGUCUGACGGAGACCCCCUUCAGCUCUGAGCGCAAAUGGAUGGGCGUUACCAUUGGAACUAACGAUAAGGAGUUUGCCUACAUGAAAGGCUCCAUCGACCGAAUUCUCGAAGCGUGUGACACCUAUCUUACUCGCGAUGGGCGAGAGAUCGUUCUCGACUCUACGCGUCGUGAGGAAGCUUUGCAAGCUGCCGAGACUAUGGCGUCAAAGGGCCUCCGCGUACUUGCAUUCGCCAGCGGCGCGGUUUCUAGAUCUAGGGGCAGAGCGGCACUUGCGCCGACCAGUCGUACCAAUACCCCCCAACCUGUCGACGAAACCUACAGGGGCCUGACGUUUGCUGGCCUAGUCGGCAUGAGCGACCCGCCCAGGCCAGGAGUUGGCAAGUCAAUUAGGAGACUUCUGCGCGGAGGUGUCAGAGUCGUUAUGAUAACAGGAGAUGCUGAGACGACCGCUGUGGCGAUUGGCAGGCAGCUUGGCAUGCCGAUUGCAAAGCCCAUCGAAUACGCCUCCAAUCAGGCUGCAGUUCGGCCAGUCUUGAGGGGAGAGGAUGUUGAUAAUAUGUCAGAAGAGGAGCUCUCCCAUGCCAUUCAGCACACCACCAUCUUUGCUCGCACGAACCCAGACCAUAAGCUCAAAAUUAUUCGGGCUUUCCAGGCCAGGGGUGAUAUCGUCGCCAUGACUGGAGACGGCGUCAAUGACGCGCCAGCACUGAAAAGAGCAGAUAUCGGCAUCUCGAUGGGCUUACACGGGACUGAUGUGGCCAAGGAGGCUGCCGAUAUGAUUCUGACGGAUGACGAUUUCUCAACGAUCCUUCGAGCGAUCGAAGAGGGCAAGGGAAUCUUCAACAAUAUCCAGAACUUUUUGACAUUCCAGCUGAGUACAAGCGCAGCUGGCUUGUCUCUGGUACUUAUCUGCACAAUUCUUGGAUUCAAAUCGCCGCUGAAUGCUAUGCAAAUCCUCUGGAUCAACAUCAUCAUGGAUGGGCCACCAGCUCAGUCUCUUGGCGUAGAAUCAGUUGACGCCGAUGUAAUGAAUCGGCCUCCUCGGAAGCGGAAUGAUGCAGUCCUCACGAAGGCUCUCCUCUACAGGGUCAUGACCUCGGCAUUCAUCAUUAUGGCGGGCACAAUGCUCGUAUAUAGGCGUGAGAUGCUUGCCGAUGGCGAGGUUAAUCGCCGCGAUACAACCAUGACGUUUACUUGCUUUGUACUAUUCGACAUGUUCAACGCAAUGGCCUGCCGAUCUGAAUCAAAGUCGGUUUUGCGAGGCGAGGUUGGGCUCUUUUCAAACACCUUGUUUAAUUGGGCCGUCUCUCUCAGCAUUGCGGGUCAGUUGCUUGUCAUUUACUUCCCUUGGCUCCAGGAGGUUUUCCAAACGGAGGCAUUGGGCUUGUUCGAUCUGUUGGGGCUUUUGGUGCUUUGCAGCACGGUGUUUUGGGCGGAUGAGUUUAGAAAAUACUGGAAGUAUGCCAGACGGCGCAUGGGAGGCGGUUACAGUCAGGCAGUGUAGAACAAGACGCGGAAGCAUCACUCAUGUGAAGGUACGGGGGAAUCGUACCAGUCAACGGCCUUAGCAUAUGUGUAAAACUCUGAAUACGGUAAAUAAUUUUAACGGCCUUUUCAAAAUUCAAUUGCAAACUC